UGAGGGAUCCGAUCCUCGGAGCCUAACUACGUCGGAAACAUGUACUUAGCCCUAGAAUCGACCCCACAAGGUCGUCUUGGAAACCUAGAGACGCGUUUAAGGUGAGAAGAAAAGCUUCCGCGACAGAUCGAACGAUCGAUCGAUAUUGCUGCCUCUGAUCGGACUCCACGAGGCCUCGAGGAGCCCGCCGCCCCGACCAAGCGAAACGGGGACAGGCUUCGCCCCCGUUCCCAGCGAUCCCAGCGUUGUCGCUGCCCUUCCGGAGCCCGAUCUCCGACAGAGAACCGCCCCACCGCUUCGCCGUUACAAAGACUAAAUUGGUUGAGUGUUAUCAUUCUAUUUGGGAAGCUUUUGUUAUGCUCCUGAUGCCUUAUUAUAGACCUUAAUUAUUUACUGGUCAUGUACUGUAGACAUCACCAUGGCAUUUGGACAGAAUGCUACUGAUAAUUGCCUGCAAGAAGGGUCACAUGUUGCACUAAUAAAUGGUCUUCCAGAUGAAAUUUCAAUUCUUUGCUUGGCAAGGGUUCCUCGAAGGUACCAUCACAUCCUUAGAUGUGUUUCAAGGAAAUGGAGAGCUUUGUUAUGUAGUGAAGAGUGGCAUUAUCAUCGUCAAAAGAACAAUAUGGAGGAGACUUGGAUUUAUGUCAUGUGCAGAGCAAACUUGAAAGGAAAUCUUUGUUAUGUGCUAGAUCCAGAUCCUGCUAACCGAAGUUGGAAACUCAUUCAACCUAUACCCAGUCCAUGUUCAAAGAAAGAUGGAAUGUCUGUUGAAGCUUUAGGAAAGAAGUUGUAUCUGUUAGGUGGUUGUACCUGGCAAGAAGAUGCUACGGAUGAAGUAUAUUGCUAUGAUGCUUCUGCAAAUAAGUGGGAUGUGGCAUCUUCAAUGCCAACAGCUAGGUGCUUUUUUGUGUCAGCAUCUCUGGAUGACAAGCUCUACAUUAGCAGCGGGCUUGGUCUGCGUUCAACUGCUCCAAAUUCAUGGGACAUCUACCACUCAGAUUCAGACAGCUGGAUUUCACACAAAAAUCCUCUGCAUAACCAUGAUGUCAUAAAACUCAUUGCUUUAGAAGGGAAAUUGUGUACUAUCCACAAGUCGUGGGACGGCUUUUCUUAUGCUGGGAUAUAUGAUCCUGCAUCUGCAACCUGGCAGGGUAUAGACAAUGAAAUUGCACUAUCUACUUAUGGACCUACAGUUGUUGUGGAUGGGGUACUUUACAUGUUGCACGAAUCAUCAGGGAUGCGGCUGCUGAAGUGGCAGGAAGAGAGAAAGGAAUGGGUUGCAAUUGGUAGGUUGUCUUCCCACCUCACAAGACCACCGUGUCACCUUGUGGCCAUUGGAAGAAGUAUUUAUGUGAUCGGGCAACGUCUGAGCACCGUGGUCAUUGAUGUGGAUGAAGCAGCUAAGGUUGAAGGGCUGAUGGUCAGUUCUUCUUUCAGUCCUAGAUUUGAAUGUGACCACACUGUUAUUAGCUGCAACACAAUUACCAUCUGAAUGAAUCCAGCCACAACAACUGCAGUUUAUCGGGUCUGGCAGAUCAUAGUUUCCAAAUUAUUAAUGCAGGUAUUGCAUUUGCCCAAGAGAACAUGAUUAUUGUUUUCUGUCAGCAUACAUUUCUAAACUCUUGGAUAUCAAUAAUCAUGUUCGGAGGUGUUUCUUAAUUUGAGCUCAAUGAUUGUUGUUAAGGUAAUAAGGUUGAGCAAUGUUCAUGUGAAUGUAAAUAUGUUUUGUCAGUCAGGCAUAAUUGUGAUCAUUGAAUCAUAUUCUAUGAUAAGAUUGAGCCUUAUACUCC